AUGACUUCAUCUAGAAUACCAUUGUAUCGUGUCAAAGGCACACAUUAUGAAUGUGCAUAUACCAUCGGUACUUUAACACGGGAAAAAAUCCAGCAUCGUAUUGCUGAUGAUUUGGCUGAGUUAUCAGUGUUAUUUAAAUUUAUUCAAACAGAAUAUGGACUUCGAUUACAUCGAAAUUUUAUUGAAACUAUUCGUUCAUUAUAUCCCUGGUAUUGGGAUGAGAUUUGUGGUAUAGCCGAUGGUUCAGGAAUUCCAUUAGAACAAUUACUGGUUUUGAAUUUUUUAAAUGAAACUCGAACAGCUUAUAAGUUAUUAGAAGAAGCACAACAAUUAGAUUUAAGAAGUGAAAAAUUUCUCAAUGAAAAUGGUGAAAAAGGUUGUACGACAGUUUUACUUAAUCGAAAAGAUACAAACACAUUUUCACUAUUACAUAAUGAAGAUCAUGCAGCAGCGUUAUACUUCACUGGGUAUGUUGUUGAAGCAGAUAUUCAAUCAAGCGAAUAUGAUGAUGGAAAACGUCAAAGUCCAAAUGAAAAAUUUAUUGCUUAUUGCUAUGCUGGUGUUAUACCAGGAAAUGCUUUUGGCGCUAACAGACAUGGUUUUGCAUUCUCCCUAAAUGGUCUAUAUCCUGAUUGUGUUGGACAUUGUCGUUUACCACGACAAGUAGUUAAUCGAGCUCUACUAUCAGUACAAGAUGAAGAAGAUUUAGACAAACUACUUCGUAUGUCUCCUGUAGCAUUUGGUUUUUGUAUAAAUGGAGCUUUUUAUCGUCAGCAAAAUCAUUUACUUAAUUAUGAAAUUGGACCUAAUUUAAAGAUUGAUAAUGAAAAUUAUAUAAGUAAAUGUUUGAUAAUAAAUGAUGAUCACAAAAUAAAUCAAAGAGAUGAUGAAUGUGAAAUUGUAUUAAAUUAUCUAGUACAUUACAAUCAUUAUGAGCGUUUGAAUAAAGUAAUUAUUGAACAAAAACCUCUUAAAUCAACAUAUAGUCGUGGGAAACGUGGUCAAGAACUCGGUGAAUUAUUUACAAGUAAUGAUGCAAUCAAUUUACUUGGUGAUAAUGAAAAUGAAGCAUUUCCAAUAUUUCUUGUUUUAAAUAAAACUGAAGCUGAUUCAGUAACACUUUGCACAGCACAUUUUGAUUUCUAUACAUUACAAUUAUCCAUUUAUCAGCAUAAUCCAAAAGACAAUAAUCAGCCUUCAUUUAUUUAUAAUCUAACCGAUCUAUUUAAUUGA